AUGGGUGGAGGGGAGGGGUAUGGUACUCUGACCAGACCCCUUUGGACGUUUGCCGGCGCCCUGCUGCUGACUGACACGGUGCCAUUGCCGUGGCGGCAGGCCCCGCCCUGCGCACCCAGCCGACUGUGUCUGUUAGUGCUGCGAUUUACAUCGGUCACUGACAACAUCAUCUCACCCGCUCAUGGCCUUCUUCACCCCUACCAGGCUACCCCCAACCCCGUCUACCAGGCUAUCCCCACCCCCGUCUACCAGGCUACCCCCACCCCCGUCUACCAGGCUAUCCCCACCCCCGUCUACCAGGCUAUCCCCACCCCCGUCUACCAGGCUACCCCCUCACCCCCGUCUACAAGGCAAUCCCCACCCCCGUCUACCAGGCUACCCCCUCACCCCCGUCUACCAGGCUACCCCCACCCCCGUCUACCAGGCUAUCCCCACCCCCGUCUACCAGGCUAUCCCCACCCCCGUCUACCAGGCUAUCCCCACCCCCGUCUACCAGGCUACCCCCACCCCCGUCUACCAGGCUAUCCCCACCCCCGUCUACCAGGCUACCCCCUCACCCCCGUCUACAAGGCAAUCCCCACCCCCGUCUACCAGGCUACCCCCUCACCCCCGUCUACAAGGCAAUCCCCACCCCCGUCUACCAGGCUACCCAUCCCCAUCUACCAGGCUAUCCCCACCCCCGUCUACCAGGCUACCCCCUCACCCCCGUCUACCAGGCUAUCCCCACCCCCAUCUACCAGGCUAUCCCCACCCCCGUCUACCAGGCUAUCCCCACCCCUGUCUACCAGGCUACCCACCCCCAUCUACCAGGCUAUCCCCACCCCCAUCUACCAGGCUACCCCCACCCCCAUCUACCAGGCUACCCCCACCCCCGUCUACCAGGCUAUCCCCACCCCCAUCUACCAGGCUAUCCCCACCCCCGUCUACCAGGCUACCCCCACCCCCAUCUACCAGGCUAUCCCCACCCCCAUCUACCAGGCUACCCCCACCCUUGUCUACCAGGCUACCCCCACCCCUGUCUACCAGGCUACCCCCACCCCCAUCUACCAGGCUACCCCCUCACCCCCGUCUACCAAGCUACCCCACCCCUGUCUACAAGGCUACCCCACCCCCGUCUACCAGGCUACCCCCACCCCUGUCUACCAGGCUGCCCACCUUACCCCCAUCUAG